AUGCCUUCGUAUUUGAUUACUGGCGCCUCUCGCGGCAUUGGAUAUGAGCUUCUCCGCCAACUAUCCGCAGACCCAAAUAACACCGUCAUUGGUCUCGUUCGCAACAAGCCUGCCACCGACGCUCGAGUCUCGACUGAAUUAUCCGAGAGAAAGAAUAUUUUUGUUAUCCAUGGUGACAUGACAGACGUUCAGUCACUUAAAACGGCCGUCCAGGAGACUAGCAAAAUCACCGGAGGCUCUCUCGAUGUGCUAAUUGCUAAUGCCGUUUAUCUCAGUGAUUUCUCUCAGUAUGAAGGGAUUGGGAAUCUAGAAAUCGAGCCUUUGGGCGAAGAUAUGCGCCGGAAUUUUGAAGCAAACGUCAUCGGCAACAUUAACUUAUUCAGCCUCUCUAUUCCGUUGAUACGCAAGGGCAAUAUCAAAAAGGUUGUCGCCAUCUCUUCCGGCAUGUCAGACGAGAAUCUCGUCGCAAAAAUGCGAAUUUCUAGCGCUGCGCCGUACGCUAUAAGCAAGGCAGCUUUGAAUAUGGUUGUAACCAAAUUCCAUGCCCAGUACGCUGACGAAGGUAUUCUCUUCAUGGCUGUUUGCCCAGGCGUUGUAAAUACUGAUUUUGCUACUACACCUGAACAACAAGCCAAAAUCGGUACCAUGUUCCAGAAGUUUGUAAAAUACGCCCCUCAUUUCAAGGGCCCGGCCCAUGUUCAAGACGCAGUGAAGGAUGUACUGCAAGUGGUGGACAAGGCUACUAUAGAAGCCAAUGGUGGAAUCUUUGUGUCCCAUUAUGGGAAUAAAGAGUUUUUGUAA